AUGGAAGCUGAACCAGGUCUAGUUGUACGAGUGGCUGUUCCAGCGGACCGGGAAAACUUUCGGAAUGCAUUGGAGAGAUAUUUCUACCCGGAGGAACCGGUCACACGAACCUACUACGGUGGAAGCGAUGCAACGGAGGACGAUAUGGCAUUUUCACUUUCUAUCAUCGAGUCAGGAGGGGUUGUACUGGCGGUGGAAGAACCAAGCGGGAAAAUACUUGGAUUAUCAGCGGGGGAAAUCAUCGAACCUGAUGAGGCGCAAAAGCUACAUGACUUAGCGUUGGAAACCGAGACGCAAAAAUUUUCCGAUAUCUUACGUUUUCUAGCCCAUAUGGCGAGUGGAUCGAGAGUCUGUCAACGGUUUGCGAAGGCAAAAGCUUACCACAUCCAUUUACUGGCAGUCGAUCCGGAGGCACGUGGAAAAUCUCUUGGAAAGCGUUUGAUUGAGAAACAGUUUGAACUGGCAGCUAAAAGCGGUAUCGAGGUGGUUAGUUCCGAUGCAACCGGUGUAUAUUCGGCAAAACUCUAUCAACAGCUGGGAAUGGAGUGCGUUUACACCGUAGCUUACGAGGAUUAUCGAAAUAGUGCCGGACAGCAAGUUUUUCUGGGCCGUGAGCCACAUUUAGAGGCAAAAACGCCCAACCUGGCGUGCUACCCCUAUUCUAAUUUAACCAAACAGUUGUGCAACAAAAAUGGCAUCACUGCGGGUCCCAAUCCCAACGAGUGGAAUCCGCCUAACACGCCCGAACUCAGCCCGAGGAUUAAGGAAUACUGGUCGAUUGUGAAGGGCAAACUGAAGAAGAAGGGUGGAACUGUAAGCGACGAGAAGAAAAAUGGGUUGUAA